AUGAGUGACCCAGAAAACGGGGAUACAACGCUAUUUUGGUCUUCAUCGCGUUCCACGCUUGAUCAUCGCUCGACUCCAGACAUUGCUAAUCUUCACACGACACCUGCGCCACCUAAUGUACCAAAUUUGGUGAAUAGACAUACUCAAAAUUAUAACAGUUCAAAUCGAUCGUUCAGUCGACCGUACUCCGCCAAAACAGUAUUCUUCUACAAGGAAGGCGAUAUUUAUUUUGCGGGACUUCGAGUGCCAGUAUCAAAAGCGCGAUAUCGUACUAUUGAAUCAUUGUUGGAUGAUUUAAAUAGCAAUAUUUCGAUGCCAUUUGGCGUGCGUCAUUUAACAACGCCACGUGGAAAAACAAUCAUUAAAAAUAUAGAUCAACUACAGCAUCGUGGACGAUAUGUAGCAUCCUCUUUCAAAACUCCACGACCGUUAAAUCUAUCGAUGGUGGAAAAAAUACAGCGGAAUCGUCAGGUAAAUCGGAUACACGCACCUCAUUACUAUAGCCAUAAUAAUUGGAACCAUCGGAAGCAAAACAAAAAUGAAUGCUCAAAAGUACCGUUAAAAUUAUCACUAUAUCCUGCAACCUCCAAACAGAUAUUUUUUGUAUUAAAUGGAAAACCUUCAAGAAUCUAUCGGGCACUAUUGAAUCCUUUUCGCCAACAGACUAUCGAAUCACUACUAGAAGAAAUUUCGGAAGGUUUACAGAUGGCAAUUUUCAAACUGUAUACUUAUUCCGGUAAGAGAAUAAUAAGCAUGGAUGAAAUUUUUUCAUUAAAUGAAGCUCGACUACUUGCUGUACCGAGAAAUGAACGGCCAAUGUUUCGGGAAAGCAUAUUUCCAGUAAGUAUACCACCACUACCACCGAUUUCAAGAACACCAUCAAGUCUUCUAGGACAGCCUACUACCGCAAAGCAAGCAAUUCAAUCGGUCUACCGGAAGAAUUCAAUUGAGCGACCUCAAGGAAUGGUUAGUAACAGUAAGAUGAUGCCUUUAACUUCGAUGUCACGUCUGAGUAAACGAAAGAGCGACAGGUCGAAGAAUGCAAAAUCGGCAAAUAAAAUGGAAAAAAAUUCGCUGGCAGCUUCACGUUUUCCAGCCUUACCAUUCUUACAAAGGUCAUCGGAGACAUCUGAGAAAGCAACAAUACUUCAAAAUGCUGAAGGCCAUUCUGAUAGAAAUAACGAGUUCACAGCAAAUGAUCGAACAGAAGAGUCAUGCGAAAGUAAACAAACAGAACCGGAAAAUGAACAGGAAGCGGAAGAUAUAAAAGAGAACGAAAAAAGUGAAGGGGAAAAUGAAACAAAUGGGACAAAAAAUGAAAACGAAGAGACGAAAGAAGAUGAAUUGGUACAAAAUAAUGAAGAAAUGGAAGAACAUGAGAGAGUGAAAGAACGUAAGGGAAGCACUGCGGAUACUGAACAUUUCGAUCCGGCAGUAAAAGAUGUUCCGGAAGUGAUGCUUGAAACAUCUAAUGAUCAACUGUUUGAUAACAAUGAAGCAAUCAACACAUCUAUGCCUGAAGCUGAUCUUCCGAUAAGUGCAAAAGAAGAUGGUAUGACUUAUACUGUAUCAAUAAUUACUGGAAAUCGUUGGGCGGCUGAUACAGAUCUUGAUUUGUUUAUUAUUUUAUUCGGUGAUUUAAAUACAAGCGAGAAACACCUAUUGCGACAAGACACACAUGAACCAAAAUUUCAACAGAAUGGAAUGGAUUCUUUUCACAUUGAAACAGCAAAACUUGGCUUACUUCAAAAAAUUAUUAUUGGACAUGAUCAUAUUGGUUACGGGAUUGGAAUAUAUAUUGAACGUGUUCUGGUCACUGAAAAUAUUGCUGAUGGACGGCAAUAUCUUUUCCAAUGUGCCAAAUGGUUGGAUAGUGGUCAAGUGGAUGGAAAAAUUGAACGGACAUUAAAAACAACAGCUUUUUUUUAUCUCACUACUAUCUUAUACGAUUCCAAAUUUACAAGUGGUCGCUGGGAGCUUAUUCUGCAUUCGGGAAAAGAUGAUGGUAGCGGUGCAACUACAUCAAAUCUGAAUAUCGUGGGUUACGGUAGCCAAGGAAGUUCAGUGACAACAAAAAUUUAUGACAAUCGAAUGGCAAAGGUGCCAUCAACAUCACUUGUGCAAGUGGAUUUCGGUGAAAUUGGUGAUCUACUAAAGGUGAGAAUUGAAAUCGAUGGAAAUGGUGAAAUGCCGGAUUAUUACUUGGAUUAUGUUGAACUCAGAGAUUUGGAUACCGAAGAACGUAUGGUAUCAUACGUGAGAAAAUGGUUGAAAAUAGGCUGCGAUGAAAAAAAUGCGCAGCCAUUCCGAGAAUUUCCAGUCUUUCGAGCAGCUUUUGAACCACUAAACAUAUUAUCUUACGAAGGAAAAAUCAAGCUAAGUUCGCGCAAACAGCGAUUUCUAGAAAAACCUAUUGCAUAUAUGAGGAUAUUUGGUGAACUUGGUGAAACAGGUUGUUUUCCUGUUGAUUUGCGGUGUGCUUCGGAUUUAAAACAGGAAGUUUCGUUCAAAACUGAAGCGGUUUCCGUUGGACGUAUACAAAGUGCACGAUUGUACGUCAAGAUGAAUGAUAUUGGUAAUGAAAUAUACAAAGGUUUGCAAAUGUUGCAAGAUAUCUACGACCGACGACAUGUUACAAAUAUUGCAAUGGCAAGUGAUUGGAUCGCUGAGAAAAUAACCGCACGUGAAUCACAUCAUGCGCCAUAUCGUUACGUAAUGGGAAUGAAUCGCGUGAAAACUUUAGAAGAAAAAAAUCAAAAAGUGAAGGAGGAAAUGUAUGGCGAUAUUGGAGAUAUUUUCGUGGAACUUCUACUUUCUGAAAUGGAAGGACUUUCGACUAAAAUCAGUAAGAAAAAAGCUUCAUCAAGAAAGCAACCGCAAUGGAUUCUGUGGAUGACAAUUGGUGAAGGCAGUACGCUGCUCCCAAGCGUAAUGCUUUGUACAGAAGAUAAAUGUGUAGAGAUGACGGUCACUGCUACCACUCCCAUCAAUAUGAUUAUUACUUUUCAACAAAAAACAGCAGCGAUAUCAAGGAUAAUCAAAGUGAGGAUUGGUAUUGAUAAUUCACAACGUCUCAAUUAUAAUCCACCAGACGAUACAAAAAUUGAUGAUAAAAAUAUCAUCGAAAUACAGAAAAUGAAGCUUUAUGAUUCUGAAAAUGGUGAUGAACUUCGAUUUCCUGCUAUAAAUAUGAUCUUUACAUUGGAUUCAGUUUAUGAAUUCCCGGCUGUCUGGCCAGAUAUACCACCUAUUUCAAAUGUUGUUUACAUAAUCACUGUAAAUUCUGGUGAAUCAAGCGCAGAUUUUGAUGUUUAUCUGGCAAUAAGCGGAACAAAGGGCGAUACAGGUUUGCGAAAGCUAAUCAACGAUGAUGUUGAACCAUUUCAAGAAAAGAAAAUGAGCACAUUUGAAGUAGAAGCUGUCUGUAUCGGUGAACCUCUGGCUGUUUCAAUCAAAAUAAAGAACAAAAACGUGCGCCUCAUGUUUCUUUCACUUUUUGUAGUUGUAAAAUUUUGUCAAGCCAGAUUUGGUUGCUAUAUUUUGUGUGAAUGCACGUAG